AUGUUUCAGGCGAAAAAUACCCAUUUGCCUCAUGUUAGUAAGACUUGGGAAAGGGGCACAUUUUGUGGGUUCAUCUGUCUUUGCCCAAAGCCUUGUUCUCCUCUGAUAACUCUCCUACUUUGCCUUCCAUCCUGAGUCAUCAUACUUUGCAUUCUGUAACUAACACCUGAGCCAUUGAUCUUUUGCAUAGAAUCUUGUCAAAUGGUUUCUAAAACUCAGGAUGCUUCUGCACAAGCCACCAAACUCUUCUUAUCUUCCAGAGAACUGAGAUGGAUUGCUUAUUAAAGAGCAGCUUCCCACCUGGAUUCUAAAAGCCUUUCCCCAACACUGCUUCCUCUGGGUCUUUUCUUCACACAUUUAUUGGUUAUUUUAUUUAUUUACAUUUCAAAUGUUAUCCCCCUUCUCAGUUUUCCCUCCAUAAACCCCCUAUGCCCUCUCCCACCCCCUGCCUCUAUGAGGGUGCUCCCCAGCCUGACCUCCCACUCCUGCUUCAACUCCCUGGUAGUCCCCUUUCUAACCCUCAAGGAUCCUUCCCCUGAGAAACACAGAGUCACAGCUUCAUUGAUCAUUUUGCCAUGGGUUAAAUACAGUUUUACUUUACAGUUGAUAAAAAGAAAUUCUGAUUUUUCUGAUCUAAGCCCCUAUAGCAGGACCAUAACAGUGUUCUCUUCCUGUGAUUGAAAAAUUCUUUUCGACUGCCUUGGCUGUUUGUGACUUCCACUGGCCCAGACCACCCUUUGCCUAGAUUACACCUUCCCCGCUCUCCCCAUACUGCUCAGUACUGCCCCCCACAUCCAAUUCUCACCAGAAUAGUCUCAUUUAACAAGUCCCUCUAAGUUCUUCUGUCUUAAAUGAAAAACUAAUGGGAAAAGAGAUAGGGGAAGGGGAGAGUAUUCCUAGUAUGUAGAGUGGUGAAGGUGGACUUGAAGCUAGCAUGGGGCUGAUUGCAAGGACUGAAUUAGCAACUUCAAAAGACAGAAAACUCAGGAAGGAGGGAGGGAGGGAAGGGAAGGGAGAUGCCUUUGAAACAAUAUAAGAGAAAGAUUAAGAAGUACAACCACACAAAACACAUUUGCCUGCACUUUUUAUAGGGCAUUGUUGGGUAUAUUGGCCACUCAUUAGAUUAAAGAGGGAGAGGCCUGAGGUAUGCAGACCUAACCAUAAACUUGGGCACCAGGCACAUCUAACCUGGCCUAGCUUUUCAACAUGUUCAAACCCCCUAGAAGAGUUGAGAGCCUCUAGUCAAUGUGCCUGGCACAGGACACUUAACGUGAACAGCCUCCAGGGUCCUCACCUCUGAAGAAAGGAGUGAUCUCAUUGGAUAGCAUCUGGUGACAACGCCAUGUCCUCCUUCCACCAAAGUCAACAGAAAGAAGCAGAGCUAAUAACAGAGCUAGUAAAGAAGAAAGGGCAGACCAAGGGUGACCAAAAACCAACAGGAGCUGAACUUAACCCAGUGACAGCAGCAUGCAUCUCUUGUCACGCCACGAUGACUGGAAGGGCAUCUCACAUGGGAAGGGCACACUGUCAGAAGUGAUGUCAAAGUCAGGCAGAACAGCAGAAACUCCAUAUGCAGAAGGCCAAAGGAGAAGAACUUAAGUGUUCAAAAUUAGGUAGAAGCAGGAUGGUGCGGAAAAUGAUGGAAUCCGGGACAAGCAGAAAUGUGCGGGGCAGGAAUCCACCAGCAGGAGCUUCCUGACCAGAGCCUGGGGGUCCUGUGAAGGCGACACGUGGACCACACUGUUUUCCCCUCCUAACACUGACUGCUUAAGUAGCCUGUGCCUUGGAGUUAACAAGGAUGUUUGCUGGUAUUCCCAGAAACACAGAGCCACUGGCUUGGGAUCCUCUCACUAAGCCAUUGCACAACCACAGUGUGUGCAAAUGUCGAGCAGGAGACAGAGCAGAGCCGGUGAGCUCUGCCUGUGCAGAUCCCUUCCAACCCUUCUCUAUAACAUGGUAAAUGAAAAACGAAUGUUUUACACCUGUCUUGUAUGAUCAAGUUACCUUAAAGUGGCUCAAGAACAGAAAAUCAUUGUCCAAUCAACAAAACCACCAAUUCAGAAAGGACGGGUGAUCAGAUUAUCCACAAUGUUGGUAUCUACACAGCUCAGAAAAUGAGCUGGGCUGGGGAGUGUGGCUCAGUGGAAGAGCACUUGCCCUGCACUUGUAGAGCUCUGGGUAAAAACCCUGGCACUGCAAAGGAAAAGAGAAUCAAGGUAGAAGAUGAGACAUGAGUGGCGGUCUUGAUCAGCAGCCCAAGAAUGUCCAAACCUCACUUCAAGCCAGUCUCAGAGGAUAUACACCUGCUCUUAGAAUUUCAAAAUUGGGUGAGAUACUUUGAGAGCCCACUUCAGUUGAAGACCCCAUGUGCUAAGGAACCGUCAUUCCAAAUACCAUAAAAACUGUUAAUAUGUAAGAAUCAAAGUGUGGACUUGGGGAGGUUAUUGUCCCUUCUCUGUUGCUAUAACAACAUACCCAAAGCUGGAUAGUUUAUAAGGAACAGAGGUAUCUUUAGCUCAGUUUUGGAAACUGAAAGCUCAGGAGCAGGCAGUUUCCGUUAAUAACACCAGGUGCUGGCGUGCAGAACAGGAGGAGGCUGGGGACAGCCAGGGGACAGGCUUCUCUUCAAAACUCGGCCCCACAAGACUCCUGCAAGAACUAAGUCUCUCCUGAGGGCAGUCCCACCAAUGCCAAAUUGUCUUCCACAAGGCCAGACCUUAAAGGUCCUACCACCUCUCUGCUUCAGCAUAUGAGGAAACACACUUCUUCACCUUCAGGAGACACACUCCAACCAUACCUAGACAAAAGCAGCUGACAGCCAACCGUGGACAGCAGAUGAUGAUGUCUUCAUCGGGUUUUAUCACUGGGUAUGAUGAGAGGUCAGAAUUUAGGGUGUGGAGCGGAAUUAACACCAGCGGUACUCUCUGAUCAGAAAGAUUUUACUCCUGGCAACUGGAAGCAGUUGUGUAAAGAUAAAGAUGCAGAACAGAAGGGAAGGAAGUGGUUUUGAGCUGCAAGGGUCAGGACAUGUGAUGUUUUAAGAGUCCAUGACGUCCUGUGAAAUUGCCAGUUGUGAACAGCACUGGACGAAGAUGCCUGAAAUUCAGGGUUUGAGGCUGCAGAAACUUCUAGAAGUCAGCACAAGCUAGCAAGAAAGGUUCGUGGGAAAUCUCAAACAUGCAGAAAGCAGAGUGUCCCUUACACAUUUAUAUUUCUUUAAAUGUCUAGUAUUAAAAAAAAAUAGGUCAUAUCGUGCUUGCCUGGCCCUUCCUGUUGAGGUCUGGUGAAGCACCUGGCCCUGGUGUCAUGGGGAAAGGCAGAAUGCUGUCCUCACACCACUGCCAUGCAUCUCCUCAGACCAACCCAUUUAUACUGAGGGGUGGAGGCAGUUGUCCUAGAGACUGGCUCACAUAACACAGGCACUGCAUAUGAGAAUAAACGUCCAUUAUCAGUUUCCUCAGACUUACAUAGAUCACUUUCUGAGGACAGGGAAGUCGGAGUGCUCUCUUAAAGCUAUGAAGUUUCCCCUUGAAGAGGGAGCAACUUCCAAUGUACCCUUCCUGUCGGUCUGUCUGCUCUCCUCCCUGUCUGUCUGUCUGCUCUCUUCCCUGUCUGUCUGCUCUCCUCCCUAUCUGUCUGUCUGCUCUCUUCCCUGUCUGUCUGUCUGCUCUCCUCCCUGUCUGUCUGCUCUCCUCCCUGUCUGUCUGCUCCCCUCCCUGUCUGUCUGUCUGCUCUCCUCCCUGUCUGUCUGCUCUCCUCCCUGUCUGUCUUCUCUCCUCACUGUCUGUCUGUCUGCUCCCCUCCCUAUCUGUUUGCUCUCCUCCCUGUCUGUCUGCUCCCAUCCCUGUCUGUCUGUCUGCUCCCAUCCCUGUCUGUCUGCUCUCCUCCUGUCUCUUCAUUUAAAGGUUGCUCACAGUGUGAAAAGUCAUCACAGAGGCCAUCUGUGAUGUGUGCAUUGUAGCAUAUCAUCCCCCAAUCAGAAAAGAAAAGGUGAUACCUGAGGUUUUCCUGUCAAUGGGGACACUAAGAUAUCAUAGAGCAGUUCAUCUUGUUAAGGGCUGUCUUUCACCGUCAGGUCAAAGGCCAGGGACAGGCCCUCGCUCAUGCAUUCCUGCACCCCUCCUUCAGAACAAGGUGGUUUAUAACACUUCCACAUCCAUUAAGCUUCUGGAGAGUGAAGGGAAGACUGGCAGAAUAUGAGCCUCAGUCACGCUCAGCGUGGGAAUCGGCAUUGACUACUGCUGACUCAGUAAACACGAAGGGCAAAGAGCUUCUCCUUGUGAAGCUGAGCUUCAGGAACUGAUGGAGCAAAUCGACAUCAUGGUAAGCAACAAGAAGCUGGACUGGGAAAGGAAGAUGCGGGCUUUAGAGACACGCUUAGACCUUCGGGAUCAAGAGUUGGCCAACGCACAGACUUGCUUGGACCAGAAAGGCCAGGAGGUGGGGUUACUUCGACAGAAGCUGGACAGUCUAGAAAAGUGUAAUCUAGUAAUGACUCAGAACUAUGAAGGACAGCUACAGACCCUAAAAGCGCAAUUUUCUAAGCUAACCAAUAACUUCGAAAAGCUAAGAUUACAUCAGAUGAAGCAAAACCAAAGUCACCGGAAAGAAGCCUCCAACAAAGAUGAAACGCCUUUUGAACUGAGCAGUUUGAACCAGAAGAUAGAGGAGUUCAGAGCGAAGUCGAGGGAGUGGGACAAGCAGGAGAUUCUCUACCAGACCCACCUGGUGUCGCUGGACGCUCAGCAAAAGUUACUCUCUGAAAAGUGCAAUCAAUUUCAGAAACAGGCACAAAAUUACCAAACUCAGCUAAACGGGAAACAGCAGCGGCCAGAGGACAGCAGCCCUGAGACCCCUCGCCUGGUGUGUGAGUCCAGUCCUGGCUGUGAAGCCACGCAAAGAGAUGAGUUCAUUAUCGAAAAGUUAAAGUCGGCGGUGAGCGAAAUAGCGCUGAGCAGGAACAAGUUACAGGACGAGAACCAGAAGCUCCUGCAGGAACUGAAGAUGUACCAGAGGCAGUGCCAGGCCAUGGAAGCAGGACUGUCAGAGGUGAAGAAUGAGUUACAAUCACGUGAUGAUCUCCUGAGGAUAAUAGAAAUGGAAAGACUACACUUGCAUAGGGAACUGCUGAAAAUGGGAGAACUGCAGACUGUUCAAGAUAACAGAAAAAGAGUUGAGUCAUCAUAUUCCCCUUCUACUAAAGAACCAGAAAGGAAAAGAAAGGAGCUGUUUUCAGUGGUCUCGGAUCAACCCAAUCAUGAAAAGGAAUUAAACAAGAUGAGAAGCCAGCUCUAUCAGGAGGAAGACCUGUGCUCCGAACAGGAACGGAUGAGGAACGAGAUCUCCGAACUCACCCAGGAACUUCACCAGAAGGAGGUCACUAUAGCAACCAUCAUGAAGAAAGCUGCCCUUCUGGAAAGACAGCUAAAGAUAGAAUUAGAAAUAAAAGAAAAAAUGUUAGCAAAGCAACAGAUCUCAGACAGAAGAUACAAAGCUGUCAGAACAGAAAACACACACCUGAAGGGAAUGAUGGGAGACUUAGACCCUGCACGGUACUUGGGGGAACAGAGUUCACAAAAAACACAUCGCCCAGCUCAAAUGAAAGGGCCUUGCCAACCUAGGAGUCUAGACGUGGAAAACGAGUGUCCCGUGUCCGUCCACUCAGUGGGGGUCUAUUUUACUCCCCAGACUGUGGACUUUAGUAACAAGGAGCAUUCGAGGCACACAUCAAUUAACAAGCUUGAAUACGAGAACGAGAGGCUCCGAAGCGAUCUCGCCAAGCUCCACAUCAAUGGAAAGGCAGCGUGGUCCAAUCAGAGCAGCUAUGAAGGAGCAGGGGCAUACAUCUACCAGAGCCAGCUGAAAACGGAGACCGGUGGAGACAGAAUUAGCGAAGACUGUGAGAUGAACAGAAGCCCAACACCCUUGUCGCCUUUGCCAUUUCAGACCAAAGAAAUGACAAGUCCAUUGGCUGGUGACAAUGAAGUCCUCCCUCUGUCUCCACCAGAUAUAUCCUUCCGGGCUUCCCUAGCUGCGCAGCACUUCCUCAUGGAAGAAGAGAAGCGGGCCAAGGAGCUUGAGAAGCUGCUCAACACACACAUCGAUGAGCUCCAGAGACACACCGAGUUCACGCUUAACAAAUACACCAAACUCAAACAGAGUAGACACAUAUGAGUUGUGCACCUCUUCUGUUUGCUUCCUCUCCAUGAGGAAAAAAAAAGCUUCCGAGAAACCCUUGCAAAGCGGACCCAUAGAACCAAGCAACCUAGUUUAGUCUCCACGAGUAAAUCACUUCUAUGAGGCCACUAUAAAAUAGGGUUUUGUUCCAUCAAGCUGCUUCUGUUUCUGCAUUUCACACACUAAUUGUUCUGUUAGGAUAGAUAAGCAUGACUAGCCCCGAAGGGUUUCUUUCCUGUCUAAGGAAUGGUUUGGGAUUAAAAUGGAAUUACUUCUGACUUUAAUCAUGUAUGCUAAGGCCCCAUUUCCUGUGUAACAGGCAGCAAGAGGGGCAAGUGCUCAACUCCAAAUGUGAGGAAGCUGGGUGCAGGCACUGGGCUGGGCACAGACGCAGGGGCUUCUAAGGUGAAAGGGCGAUGCAGACACCUAAGAGUUGUUUCCGAAGCAAACGGAUAGGAUAUGCCUUUGCCACUUUUACAUUCUCUUUUGUAGUACGCUGUCCUAAUACCAAAGACUUCGAAAGUGCAGUGUGCACAGUAAAAGUCACUGUGCCAGAGAGCCAUGCUGCCACUGACAAGUGCCAGGCACCAUGCUGCCUCUGUCCCCUUGUAAUCACCACUGUUUGUAAUACAAUAAAUAAUGCAAAAUUCAA